UCAACAUGGGCGUCAUGUUGACUUUUGCUUUCCUCGCGUUAGUGGCAGUCAUCUCAGGACUACAGACAUGUUCCUGGGGUACAGACACCAGCUCCACUCAAAUCCUACUGGAUGUGUCUACCACACAGAUCAACACAGGGGGAGGGAUAUGUUCCUGUAGACUGACUGUGUCACAGACAACACAGGUGGAUAUGUUCACUGUUAGCUGGAUACCACAGUGUGACACAUACAUGACUAUACCGAAGUGGAGGACAAGUACACAGUGUACAAAUGGUGCUGUUCAGUCUCCACCUGCACAGACUCACACCGUCAACACUGGUGAGGAGAUCUGGAUCCUGGUGGUGGCUACAAAAUAUGGAGCCUACCGACUGUCAGGACAGCUUCAGUUCAAGGUGAAGCAACCGUUAGAUCAGCUAACGUUUGAGUGUUUUGAGCCAAACACUAACAGCAGCACAACUACGACACCUACAACAUCUACAAGGAGAAUUCCAUCUACAUCCCAGCCAACCACUCGUAUUGAAACAGUACGUUCACCUGAUACCACACAUCAAGCACAGCCCACAUCCCCUCCAGGAUCAACUGGUGAGACAAGGACGACUGAAGGUUCUAAAACUGAGAACCCUAGGACAGGAAGUCAAAUUUGCAAUGAUAAUUUUCCAGGUGAAAUAUUUGCUGCAGGAAUAGCCACAGGUGGCGGGGUGGCCAUUGUUGGUCAAGUUAUCUACCUCUGCAUCAUCAGCCCAAGAUACAGCAAAUCCUGCCGUAAGAGUCCUGCUGCUGACAUUCCUAUGUCUCCUGCCCACCCCGCUUAUGCAGGCUUCUUUGACAGCACAGAGGAACCAGCCAACAUCUAUGACAACCUUAGUCCAGAUGAGGUCAUCACCAACCGCUAAAUCAAUGAAUAACGGAUGCAAUCUACAUUAGGUGCUAUUACUAGUGUCUACUGUUGAUAACCUGUCAUUCGCAACUAAGUACUGACAUUCGUUCAAGUCAAACUGUUUUGAAUGUGUCUCUAUGUGCAGUGAUGUAGUACUAAGGUUCAUCUAUAUGUGUGAACACACAGUACAUCAUGGUUCAAACACUUUGGGUGGAAUAUGCUGCUCAAGCAUACAAGUUCAAAGAUUGACACUGCAAUGUAUAUUUUCAAGGCUGCAAUGUAAAUAACUGCUGUGGUGUUUCGCUUUCACACAAAACAUUGCAGGAUGGUUGCAAUAUAGUCUGGCAUCUGUUACUGUGAGAUCUGGAAGAACUGCGCCUUGCUUCUGCCAGCUUGUAUGGACGUAUGACCACAGACGUAAGAAAGUGGAUGAUAAUAAAUAUUACCCCUUA